GACUCCGGGCAGCGGCACAUCGGGCAGGACUCCGGGCAGCGGCACAUCGGGCAGGACUCCGGGCAGCGGCACAUCGGGCAGGACUCCGGGCAGCGGCACAUCGGGCAGGACUCCGGGCAGGACUCCGGGCAGAGGCACAUCGAGCUGGCCCCCAGGCGGAGCGGCGGGCGCCGGGCCCCCAGAAGGAGCGGCGGGCGCCGGGCCCAUAGGCGGGGCGACAGGCAUCGGGCCCACAGGCGGGGCGACGGGCGCCGGGCCCCCAGGCGGGGCGACGGGCGCCGGCCCCCAGGCGGAGCGACGGGCGCCGGGCCCCCAGGCGGGGCGACGGGCGCCGGGCCCCCAGGCGGGGUGCCGGGCCCCCAGGCGGGGCGACGGGCUUUGGGCCCCCAGGCGGGGCGACAGGCAUCGGGCCCCCAGGCGGGGCGACAGGCACGACAGUGGGCUCUGAGUCAAUUGGCACGACAGCGGGCACCGGGUCAUCUGGUGCUGGAUCGUCUGGCUCGACAGCGGGCAUCGGGUCACCAGGCAUUGGAUUGUCUGGCUCGACAGCGGGCAUCGGGUCACCAGGCAUGACAGUGGGCACCGGGUCAUCAGGUA